AGCGGCGGAGUCCCGGAUGCUUGGUCGUGAAGCCUGAUGGGACGGGUAGUUUCGCAAACGACUUAACCUAGAGGUUUGCGAGUAAGUUUCGAGGCCAGGGCUUCGGGAGCCGGAGAGAGAUGGAACUGGAGCAGAGAGAGGGGACCAUGGCAGCCGUGGGCUUUGAAGAGUUCUCAGCGCCGCCAGGCUCGGAGCUGGCGCUGCCUCCGCUGUUCGGUGGUCACAUCCUGGAGAGCGAGCUUGAGACAGAAGUGGAGUUCGUGUCUGGGGGUCUGGGAGGCUCGGGGCUCCGAGAGCGAGAUGAAGAGGAAGAGGCAGCUCGGGGCCGGCGGCGGCGCCAGCGGGAACUAAAUCGCAGGAAGUACCAGGCGCUAGGUCGGCGCUGCCGGGAGAUCGAGCAGGUGAAUGAACGAGUCCUAAACAGGCUGCACCAGGUGCAGAGGAUAACGCGGAGACUCCAGCAGGAGCGGAGGUUCCUCAUGAGAGUGCUGGACUCCUACGGCGAUGACUACCGCACCAGCCAGUUCACCAUUGUACUGGAGGAUGAGGGCAGCCAGGGCACAGAUGCCCCUACCCCAGGCAAUGCCGAGAACGAGCCUCCAGAGAAAGAAGGGCUAUCCCCACCCAGAAGGACACCGGCACCCCUAGAACCCAGCAGCCCAGCCCCUGGCGAGGGGCCUAGUGGGCGGAAGAGGCGGCGAGCGCCCCGGGAAGGACGGAGAGGAGUCACGCUGACUCCAGAACUGGCCCCUGUGCAGAUUAAGGUCGAGGAAGACUUUGGCUUCGAAACAGAUGAGGCCCUGGACUCGAGUUGGGUUUCUCGGGGGCCAGACAAACUGCUGCCCUACCCGACCCUAGCCAGUCCCCCCUUUGAUUGACGCCCCCCCCCAAUAAACUGACCCCAUACUCGCCCUGGC